AUGGCGCCGAACGACAGCAAGCCGCCCGAGAUUGAGCAGCGGGCCUCGACACACAUAUCGCGGACGCUAUCGAUCCACGCCGAUGGGAGUGGCACGGGCACUGCUGCCGUCGAUGACGAUGACGACUUCAACAUCAUGGCCUUGACCGUUGCCGACGGCUUUCGGCCCUCCGAACACAGUAACGGCGUGUCUGCCUUCGGCCCGGGCUCUGCCUACUCACAACCCUCCUCCGGCGACUCGCGGCCGUCCUUCUCCAGCAUCGAGACACCAUCCGAUCAGAACCGCUCGUCCAUAGCGGCGGAAACCGCCUCCAUCCCCUUCGGCUCAAACUCUGACUCUGCCCCCAUUCCCGCUUCCGAUUCCGCACCUGCUUCCGCUCCUGUUGCCGACCCUACCUCCGACGCUGUCGAACCCUCUGAUCCGUCCAUAGAGCCGUCGUCUGUAUCAGAACCAUUGCAACCAACGAUGCCGUCAGGAAGCGAUUCAACAAAGGCACAAGCCACACAAUUCACACCGUCCGUCUUGCCGGGUAUGGCACAUCGGCCAUCCAGCAUCUCCAAGCCGCCAAUCGGGUCCAGCUUACUAGGAAGCGGCAGUGAGGGUGGCCCGAGCAACGCCCGUGACGCCAGCGCUCAAGCAUCUAGCAGCAUUCCUGUUGUUGUUCCGGGCGAUGAGCCAUAUCAGGGUCCGUCUGGGCCGUCAUUUCCGUACCAGCUCUACCCACAAAAUGUGCGCAUGGAAAGGACGAUGAGCGGUAUGACAACGUCAACGGCAGCGCCAUCUGAGGAAUCGUCCUACAACGGUCCGCGUGGUCCCACGUUUCCCUACAGCUUGUACCCCCAAAGCACCAUGGUUGGCUCGGGCGCUGUUCCGACAUCUGCCAUUCCCGUUGGCUUUCCUGGCAUGACCGACGCAUACCAGCGACGAUUGGGACCAGAGGGCGAGGAGAUUGCUGAUAUGAUUGGGCCUGAUGAUGCCACACCGACGGCCGGGCCGGAGCAGGCUGUGGCUGCGCCAGCUAUUAACACCUCAGCAACAGCAACAACAGCAGCAGCAGCAACAGCAGCGACAGGAGCCAACUUACGGCCUAUCCCUGGGGCGGGCGGUAUCGGUUUGGCGCCGAGAAACCCAGAGUUUGACUCGGCCGAAGAUCUCGACUCACCCGAAUCCCGACACUCGUCCCGAAGCUUUACGUCUGAUGCUAGUCAAAACGAGAUCAACGCGGGCGGACAAGUGUUCAACGAGAAGAGACUACCUCCCCGGGUACGGGUCUGGGCUCGUCGACGGCUGUUUGGCAUUGUGCCAUACUGGGCCAUCUGCCUAGCGAUCAUAGCGAUCGUCAUAGUCUGCAUCAUUCUCGGCGCUGUGAUCGGCACCCUGCUUUCCAAGCACAAGGGACCGCCACCAUUGCCUUCACUCGCUGCAACUACUGGUGCGGUCACUGUGACGGUGGAUGCCACGCCCAUUGCAACGCCGGCGAACCUAAUCGCCCUCCCGACUGGCUCCUAUAGCCUGCCAAUGUCGCUCAACAAAUCGCCCAACUCGUGCUUCAACGACACAUCACAGUCGGCGGCUUGGAGCUGCAACGUGUGGUAUAUGGCGGGUAUGACGGUGGACAUUUCCUCGGGGAAGAACGGGGCGGGCAAUGUUACCUACGGCAUGAGCCUCGACUGCAACAUUUCGGAGACGCUGACCAGCGACAUAUUCUGGUACGGAGAGCAGCCGCCGACGAUUCCGACGGCGACGGCGUUGCAACUUGUCAACGACACGACGGAUCUGACGCGCGGGCCAGCUUGGUUCACGAUGUUGCCGUACAACAAGACGGUGAUUGUGCGAGAGUCGAUGCUCACGGCAGCUACACCAGUCGUGACGGGGAACGUGCAGGGAGCAACUGUUAGCAAGAAGCAGAAAAUGCGGCGCGAGCAGCUCGAGCACCUGGUCGGACGAGCUCUCGGCCCCCCUCCGGCUCACGGCCACGACGUGGCGCAGGCUGGCGACAAGCCGUGGGUGUGCACAUGGCCGGACACGCUGCUGGAGGUGUUUAUAUAUCCCAACCAGAACACGAGCUGGAACAAUGUGGAGUCGGCGUCGGCACCGCAAUCGUCCUGGCCUACAUCGACGGUUUCGCCAAGUCGAACGGGCAUGACAUCGUUUUCGAGCAGCGUGGCGACACAGACAGGGGUGGCGGCGACGGCAACGAUGACUCCGAUGGCCAGCGAUUGGCCAAUACCGUUUCCGCGGGUGGUGAAAUUGGAAGAGCGUCGAAUGGCGGGCACGCCGGAAGCAACGUGUGUGCAGUACCAGUUGAAACCGGCGGGCACGGGCGUGACGGCUGUGCCGAACCUGGACGGUAACGGGAAGCAGAUCCAGGUGACGAUUGCGGAAGAAGAGACAGAAAACGAGUACUCGCGGCGCAGCGUCCCGGAGGGGGCUCUUCUCGAGAGACGAGACUCGGCAGAACUAAGCGACUGCGGCUGUCUGUGGAUUGUCUCGUGA